GAAGAUGAAGAAAAUGUCAUUCCUCUUUAUGUUCCCGACGACAUAUCUUUCUUGGAGCUUGAAGAUGCGGUCAUGAAGCUUAUAAAGUUCAAUAGCACUUCCCAUGUAAUGGAAAUGCUAUCACUCAAUCCAAGAAUGACCAAAUUUCCAGUUCCCCCGGUGAAGAUCUAUUGUGAUGUGAAUGUGAAAUGGUAUCUAUCCGUUU